GUCUUUUCUCGUUCAUAUAACUUCUGGAGGCGGUACAUUCCUGGACUUUUAGCCAAACCCCUAGGUGAAUCUAUGCAUACAACCGCCCCGACAUUGUUUGGAAAUGCAAAUCGUCUGCUUCUGUAUUUUAUAAAAUUACACGGCAUAAACCCAUUUGAUAGCCAUGUUGGACUCCAAGGACUCAGGUUCUACCGAGCCUCAGGUCAAGCAUGAGAUCGAAAAGACACGGGAUAUAAGCGAUGUGCUCCAUCCGUCAACCAGCUUGAACGAUGGCAGCAUGAUGGAAACACAGGACGCUCGGAAUGGCCAAUUCCACCGUUCCUUUUCUCCGCGCCAGGUCCAUAUCAUUUCGCUCGGUUCCAACAUUGGCAGUGGAGUUUUUAUCGCAACCGGCCAAGCUCUCGCCUCGGGGGGUCCAGGGAAUAUGGUUCUUGCCUACGGAAUGGUCUGCAGCGCGGUCUGGGCAGUCCUGCAGUCGCUCUCGGAGAUGACCAUUGCGUUCCCUGUCUCAGGCAAUUACAUCGAUUACGCCGAUCGCUGGGUUGAUCCUGCCUUGGCCUUCGGAGCGGGCUUCGCUGAGUGGCUUGCAUGGAGCGCAAUUGUCGCGUCAGAAGCCGGCUUCUUCAAUGUACUGGUGCAGUACUGGGCAGGGGGAUCCUUGCCCCUCGGAGCGACAGUCACCAUCUUCCUUGCAGUCUGCCUGUUUGUCUUUCUACUUCCAAACAGGGCAUUUGCCUGGUUCGAAUACGUCACGUCUCUCAUCAAAAUAUUCCUCUUCCUUUUGAUCAUCGUCCUCUCCUUGGCCCUGGUUUUGGGCGCCGGACCGAAUGGCAGCAUACAUCAUGGUGAAACUUGGACAGAUCAUCCCGCCUUUCUCAAUGGCUUCACUGGGUUCGCAAACUGCGCUCUGCUGGCAACCUGGGCAGUUGGCGAUCAAGUCUUCAUUGGAAUCAUGGGUGGUGAGGCCGAAAGUCCGCGGUUUUCGAUGGCGCACGCGACAAAGCUUGUACCAUUCCGGGUGAACUUCAUCUAUAUGAUUAGCAUUGUUUUUAUCACAAUUCUGGUUCCGUCGAAUGAUGACCGUCUGCUCAGUGGAAGUGGAGUCGCUGCGUCUCCCUUUGUCAUCGCCGUUCAAGAUGCGGGUAUCCCGGCGGUUCCAUCCAUUUUAAAUGCCGGAAUGAUAUGUGGAGUUCUUGCAAUCUCUGCAGAAGGCAUCUAUCUCUCUUCAAGAGUGUUGAGAACGAUGGCGCAUCAACGUCUCAUUCCGGAAGUCCUCGCCAAAGUUGAUUCCCGGGGCCGGCCCAGAUGGGCGUUGGUGAUUACCAGCGUAUUCUCCGUCAUCCUUUCAUAUAUCCAACUUGCAUCUGGUGGCCUCACUGUACUGAACUGGCUGAUUGCUAUCAGCAGCGCGUCUUUCUUUACAAACUGGGGCAUUAUUGCCUUCACUAAUUGGCGCUUCCAUUGCGCGCUCAAGGCGCAAAAAGACCAGCUGUUCACCGAGACGUAUGGGUGGAAGUCCACAUUCUGGCCCACAGCCCCCGCGUGGCUCAUGUUGGUUUCCCUUAUGUUGCUGGCCUGUUGUGUUGGAUGCGGUGUUAAGCCCGUGGAUGGCCUCGCAUUUACAGCGGAGAACUUUUUCCAGUACACGCUCGGGCUCUGGGUCAUCGCCGGCUGCACCCUCGCCUACAAAGUGAUUUUCAGAACACCGUGGAGAGACCCGAAGACCGCGGACUGCAUCACUGGUAGACGAACCUUGGGGGCGGAGGAAAUCAUGGUUCUCGACCGUUACUAUGAGCAGCCCCGGUGGAGGCGGUUUCUUACGUACGUCCAGCUGUGGUAGUGCUGGCUGUGCUAUUAUUAUGGGUGCUCUUUUUCUUAGUCCAAAG